CAUUUUGUUUUCUUUUUUGAUCUACUCAGCCUGACAGCCUCCCCGUAUUGUUCUAAAGAUCACCUGACAUUACCGUGUAAUAGAAAUGGCGAAACGGUCCCGCAAGAAGACUUCGGAGCGAAAGGAUUUCCAGAAGAUCAAAUUCAAAGUAGGGAAACAGAAGCCGAAGGGACUCAACGUGACUGACACUACCUUCAAGAGCCGUGCCAUCAACAUCGUCGAGCAGUUUCAGUGUCAAACCGAAAAUGAGACAUCCAGUCGCGGACGCGAUAUAAAGCAAAUCUGCUCGCUCCUGUCCCACCACACGACGACCAAACGCGUCUUCGCCAUCGCAGAACUGUCCGACUAUGUUCUCCAGUACCCGUCCUCCAUCCGCACAUAUCUAUCCGACAUCCUGAACGCCGUCCUCCCGCGGUUAAUGGAUGAUGAACCGCGAAUUCAUACCCGCAUGCGUACGGUGCUGCAGAGUAUCUUUGACGCGCUCGGCGAACCCUCGCUGAAUUUACUCGAACCCUUCGCCACGCUCAUCAUCAGCUACGUGAUCUGCGGGCUGACGCACAUUAAUAACGGUGUGGCCUGCAAUGCGCUGACCGUGGUGGAUAUCCUCCCCAAUUAUUUAGACCUACGGGCGGCGCGGGAAGAUUCGGGGAAAUUGUUGAAUGCCUUAAUUUCCAUGAUCGUUACCGUCCAAAAUCAACGACAUCAGAAUGUUCAGCUGAAUUCUGUCGGAUUUUUUGCGACAGCAAAUUCGAGGGUGCUGGUCUGUAUCAGGAUUUUGCACGUACUGGAAGGGAUCUGUGCUUCGGAGGAAAAAGAAAAAACGGCAGAAAUAAUUAGCUGGGACAUUCGAAAACCAACCCAUUUCUUUUUCCGGCAUCCUUUGGUGAUUGAUCUGGCCCCACGUGCCGUCGCACUGUCAUUCACCGUUGAAAAUUCUGGGCAAAAUGGAGCUGAACGAGAGGAGAACAUUAUUCUGAUCAUGCGAAGGUUGAUUAAUCUUGUGCGAAUCUACUGGCCGACGGUGGCAGAGCGCGUCGAAGACGAUGAAUGUGAUAAGAAAUCAUCCUUUAAUGAUUUGGCCGGAAGACGAUGCUGCAUUGAUAUUGUGCUAGCGAUUGUGCGCAAGUUGAUCAAUUUACAUCGCUGCGAAGAGCUUAUCAUGGAAAGCGAAAUGGGGAAUGACCUUAUGAAAGUCAUCAGACUUUUAAUAGAAGAUUAUGCCGUGCACAAUAAAGGCCCUGUAACGAAGUAUCCCAAAGAUGAUUUCAAAUGCUUGAAAGGGUUUGUGGAGCGCGUAAUUUCUAGCUAUCCUCUGAUCAGAAACGUGCGGAUUCCUUUCCUGUUCCAUCAAAGUCUGUAUGAUCUCUUGAAAGAUUAUUCGGAAUUUGUCAGUUUAACUGGCACGGAAGAGUUAGCGCAGAAGAUUCACCAAGAACUGAAUGCAGCUGAGAAGCGUCGAGAUACAUGGGCGCACAGACUUUCUGCCGCUGAAACCCACCUGAACAAAGCCGCUUCGCAAGUGGCUGCCGAUCAUAAUGGAAUAACUCAAAUGCAUGCGCCAGCUGAGCUUCUGGUUGUGGAUCACGACCAUUGCUAUCAUCUAAUGAAUGAUCAAAAGACGGUGGCUGUCGAUGUUAUAGAGGAGAAUCCCGAGAAUGUGAUAUCGUAGAAACUUGUUUUGCUCACGGUUGGUUUCAAAAUGGGAGUUUCAUAUCUUGCUGGAAUGCCAAGAUGCAGUUGUUGUUCAAAAUCGUAUUUCUUAAUCGGGUUUGGGGUUUUUGCUGUUUUUCAACCGCACUGGUGGUUACGUACAGAAGCGGAAAACAGAAGCUGCUUCCGGUGGCUGAAGUGUGCACUAGUAAAUUUUAAAUACAUA